AUGUCUCCUACUUCUCUUAUUAUCAUUCUUACUGAGAAUAAAUUAAAUGGGGAUAACUUUCGAGAAUGGAAACAAAACUUGCUGAUAGUUCUCAACUGUGAGAAACACAAAUUCGUUCUUGAUGAAACGUGCCCUAUUGAAGCUCAACCCAAAGUGAGAAAUCGCUGGAGAGGUUCUGACUCAAUUGUUCGAUGUUAUAUGUUAGCAAGCAUGAGUAGUGUGUUGGAAAAGCAACACGAGAAUUUUCGUACUGCCAUGAAGAUCAGGAAAAUUUUGGAGGAUUUGCUCGGAGGCCAAGUCAAACCCGAUACUCCAGUCAAAGAACAUAUGCUUAAGCUUAUGGGACUUUUUGCGGAAGUAGAGGACAAUGGGGCUGAACUAGACGUGAACACGCAAAUUGAAAUAGUGUUCAAAUCCUUAACCAAUGAGUUUGCUAGUUUUAAGGAUGCUUACAACUUGGGGAACAAGACGUUUACCUUGACUCAGCUCAUGAAGGAAUUACAAUUCUAUGAGUUGAUGCUCAAUGGUGGUAAGCUGAUUCAGGAGAAACCUGAGGCAAACUUAGCUAUGGGCCCCUCAUCUUCUAAAGGGAAAUAG